AUGACAUUGAGUAACUUCCAGCUCGGGGCAUCAUUGGUAUCCGCUGGUCUCGCAGUCUGGCAAGCCAUAAUCGCAAUCAUCAUUGGCAAGAUCAUCAUUGCAGCCGUCGCGGUAGCAAAUGGCUAUGUUGGCGCAGAGUGGCAUAUCGGGUUUCCUGUCGUAUCGAGAUAUGUCUGGGGUGUAUACGGCCAUUAUGUCGCGCUCAUUCAGAGAGUCAUACUGUCCCUGGUCUGGUUCGCCGUACAAUCAUGGACAGGAGGACUCUGCGUCCAGAACAUUCUGGCUGCCAUCUUCCCAAGCUACCAGCACAUGGAGAACACGUUCCCUGCGUCCGCCAACAUGAACACGAAGCAGUUCAUCGGCUGGGUGUUGUUCAACAUCAUGAUGAUCCCGAUCCUGUACGUCAAGCCUGAAAAGAUGAAAUGGGUGGUUCUUGGCUUCAACGUCGUAACUGCCGUCACAUUGCUGAGUAUGGUUAUCUGGACAUUGGCAGCUGCACAUGGCGGAGGCCCUCUUCUGGAUCAACCGGCUGGAACCACGACAAGCUGGGAACUCGGAUGGGCUAUCGUCCAUGGAGUAACGACGGUCAUCGGUGGCAUUGCUGUUGGAUUGACGAACCAGAUGGACUAUUCUCGGUUUGCGAGAAGGCCUGGCGAUCAAGUGAUGGGACAGUGGCUAAGUAUCAUCCUACUUGGAGCUAUCAUGCCCAGUCUUGGAUGUCUAAGCGCCUCAGCAUCUGCGGCAAUAUACGGCGAGCCGAUCUGGAAUCCGCCCAACCUCGUGCAGAAGUGGCUCGAUACCGACUACAGUGCAGGUGCCAGAGCGGCUGCAUUCUUUGCGGGUUGCGGUCUUGUCAUUUGCCAGCUCGCAAUCAACACGAUCGACAAUGCCUUCUCGGCAGGAAUGGACAUGGCGGGCUUGUGUCCCUCCUUCAUUAACAUCCGCAGGGGCGCCUACAUCGCCCUCGUCUUGAGUUGUGCGAUGUGUCCUUGGCAACUACUCAGCGCCGCUUCGACGUUCAUCUCCGUGCUGAGCGCAUAUAGCGUGUUCCUCGGUCCGAUGGUCGGCAUCAUGGUGUGCGACUACUGGGUUCUGAGAAGACGCCGCGUGAAGCUCUCAGACCUCUACCACCCUGGCAAAGAUGGCCUGUACUACUACUGGCACGGCGUAAACUGGCGUAGCUAUGUCGCAUGGGUUGUUGGAUGGUCCUACCUCUUGCCAGGCUUCGCCCACGCCGUAACACCGCACGUCAAAGUCCCCGAAGCCUGCACGAACCUCUACUACCUCGCCUUCCCGCUCGGCUUCGCCGUCAGCUUCACGGGAGGAGGAGAUCGGGAAGGAUGGGAAGGUGCUUGCGGGUGA